GGCAACUUCAACUUACAACAAAAAAAAAAGAGAGGCAACUUUAUUGGUUCAUGGCCUCCUUCACCCUUACCACUUACCAGGAACUACACAUAUCCAAUGUAAUAUUCCUUUGGAAUCUUUUUUUUUUUUUGAGCUGUUAGCAACAACCAUGUUCAUUAUAAAUACCCUUUUCAAUCUGGGUGACAAAUCAUAGCCAAGAACCGAUUUUGAGAGCACUCAGAAACACCCAAUUAGAGCGUAAUUAUUGUGAAGAAAGUUUAUCCUUCUGGGUCAUUGAGAUUUCUGUCAUUCCUUUGUUACCCUAAAAACAAAGAUGUCUGGAAUUGUGGUGGUUUUCGACUUUGACAAGACCAUUGUCGAUUGCGACAGUGAUAACUGGGUCAUCGAUGAGUUGGGUUUCACCGAUUUGUUCAACCAGCUCCUUCCCACCAUGCCUUGGAACUCUCUCAUGGAUAGGAUGAUGAUGGAGCUUCAUUCCGAAGGGAAAACCAUUGAGGACAUUGAAGGGGUUCUGCAUAGGAUUCCUAUACACCCCAGAGUAAUACCUGCCAUUAAAGCAGCUCAUGCUUUAGGGUGUGAUUUGAGGGUUGUAAGCGACGCGAACAUGUUUUUCAUUGAGACAAUCUUGAAGCAUUUGGGAAUAAGGGAAUACUUCUCGGAGAUUAACACUAACCCAGGUUAUGUUAAUGAAGAAGGAAGGUUAAGAAUCUUGCCAUACCAUGACUUUAACAAAGCUUCUCAUGGCUGCAGUUUGUGCCCUCCAAACAUGUGCAAGGGUUUAAUCAUCGAUAGAAUUCAAAAUUCAAUUUCCCCUGAUGAUAACAAGAGGUUCAUCUAUCUUGGUGAUGGUAGUGGGGACUAUUGCCCAAGCUUGAGGCUUAAAGAGAGAGACUUCAUGAUGCCAAGGAAGAACUUUCCCGUAUGGGAUUUGAUAUGUAAAGACCCUUUGCUUCUUAAGGCUGAAAUCCAUGGUUGGAGUGAUGGAGAAGAGCUGGAGCAAGUUUUAUUGCAGUUAAUCAACAGAAUCUCUGUAGAAGAAAGCGCUCAGUUCAUUUCAUCUGAUUGCAAGCUACAUACUCUAUCUAUCUCUGCUCAUGAGACUUUGCCUAAAGUUCUCCCAGUUCGGCCAUAAUUGCUUAGUUUAGUAUCUAUGCAAAGUAUCAUAACUAAUGGGGUCUUCUUUUUUCGUUGAUAACCUUAAUCAACCUUUCCUAAAAUUGCUAAUUUGGAAUUGGUCCAAGAAGGACAGCUAUAAUUUCUAUUAAAGACAAAUAUCAAUAUCAAUUGUCUCCAACUCUCCAUAUCUUGCACAUUGCUUAAUUUAGCAUUUAAGCACUAUUUUACUGUGAAAAU